CGUGGCGGAGGGAUACAUUUCACCCACAGCACAGCAGACAGAACAAACAGCAUCGCUGCGCCCCAUAAACCGCUUCCGCCUCUACAAGACUCUCUCUCCGUUCUACAAACAUGGCUGAUCAGCUAACAGAGGAACAAAUCGCAGAGUUUAAGGAGGCGUUCUCACUGUUCGAUAAGGACGGAGACGGCACCAUCACGACUAAAGAGCUGGGCACGGUGAUGCGCUCUCUGGGACAAAACCCCACCGAGGCCGAGCUGCAGGACAUGAUCAACGAAGUCGACGCUGACGGUAAUGGAACAAUCGACUUCCCCGAGUUCUUGACCAUGAUGGCCAGAAAGAUGAAGGACACAGACAGCGAGGAGGAGAUCCGCGAGGCCUUCCGGGUUUUUGAUAAGGAUGGAAAUGGCUACAUCAGCGCUGCAGAACUGCGUCACGUCAUGACAAACCUGGGCGAGAAGCUCACGGACGAGGAAGUGGAUGAGAUGAUCAGAGAAGCCGAUAUCGACGGAGACGGUCAGGUGAACUACGAAGAAUUUGUACAGAUGAUGACUGCAAAGUGAAGCUUCCUGCCAUCUUAGAAGAAAAAAAAAAGUUUUAUUUACCUCUUGUGGGGAAAAAAAAUACAAUUAUUGAGAAUUGUUUCUGUACAGAGAAUGAUUGAAUGUUGAAAUGAAAAUAUCUUCCUUCUGUCCACACGGAUAUAAAAUCAAAAAAAACUCUGCAUGAAUAAGUUAGUGCUCCAUCCCUGCAGAUCCACACUCUGUUAUUAAAAUAAAAGAAAUAAUCGACCUACAGCUUACUACCCACAGACACCGCACACGUAAAGCUCGGCUGAUGUGUGACCUCGUCAUCUCUCCGUUUUCUCUUCUUCCUGCAUGCAGAGUGAGAAUGAACGUGACGUACCAGACCUUUUAUAUAUCGAGACAAACUGGGACCGAUAAUAGAUGUGUGCUGAUAUUACAUUUACACAUUUCUUCUGUUAUUAUGUCAUCAAUUAUUGUAAUGAAUUAACAGUAUAUUAACAAUUGGCCGUAGAGAAAUCAAGACCUUUUUAAAAUUUGAGGCAACCAUAUAAACCUGAGGAAAGUCCUUAAUAAUAAUAAUAAUAAUAAUAAUAAUAAUAAUAAAGUAUUGUGUGUUAAAUAUCGCAGUUUUUUUUAUUAUUAACACAUGCCUAAUGAAUAAACGCUGAGGGGAAGGGACUGUUGUCGGAAAUUAAAUAUAAAAAUAGGCUAAAAAGUCUUUAAACAUUUGGCAUGAUUUAGGUUUCAUUGAAGGUUUUUUGUGUUAAUUUUUGCUUGGAUGGUCAUCUUCUACUGUGGAGGAGAGAUGCAUGCAUAACACCUUCAUUAUUAUUAUUAUUAUUAUUAUUAUAGAAUACAUUUCGUUUGCUGAGUUCAGUUUACAUCCAUUCCAAGUUGUACGUGCUACUCUUUCUUUUUUUGUUUUGUUUUCUUUUGGGUUUUUUUUUUUUCCAAAUAAAAAAACACCAUAAACAACUUGUAUGUUGUGUUUAUUUAUAAAUCAUUUGUGGCUAAAUUUAAUGAAGCUUGAAAUAACACAGGACCUGUCUGUCCUGCACUCUAUCUGUCUAUCCAUUGAAAUGCCAACCUGUCUUACAGCAUUAAUGAAGAGAGCUGUCUGUCCUUCUGUCUGUCUCUCCAUCCACCUACCCUUAUAUCUAUCUGCCUAUCCUUCUAUCAGUCUACUUGUCUGUCUAUGCUUUUACCCAUCUCUCUUCAUGUGGAUUUACUAAUUUACCUGCAUAGGUGUCUGUCUACCAGGCUAUCUAUCUAUCUGACAUCCAGUCUUGCAGCAUUAAUAAAAACAGCUGUCUCUUUGUCUACCAUCUACUCCUCUAUCCCCCUGCCGAUACAUCAACCUGUCUAGCUGUUCAGCUGUCUUUCCACACCUCUGUCCAGAUAUGCCUGUAUCCUUCUCCUCUAUCUGUCUACCUUCAACACUUCUCCCUGUCUACCCUUCUAUCUAUCUAUCUAUCUAUAUAUCUUUGUUUGUUUAUCUUUCUACCUGUCUACUGGUCCAUCCAUCCAUCCAUCCAUCUAAUUGUCAAGAAGCAUUAAUAAAAAGAUCUGUCUGUCUUUCUAUUCAUUUAUUUAUGUCUCAUAACUCAUGCAACUGUUUUUGUAUAAUCAUUUAUCUGUCUAUCCUUCCAUCUGCCCUUAUAACAGUCUGUCUAUCCUUCUAUCUCUCUAUCUAUCAGUCUGUCUAUCCUCUUCAUGAUCUAUCUACCUAUUUCCUUAUCUACCCAGCUGUCUGUCCUACAGCAUUAAUAAAAAGCUGUCUGUCU